AACUAGCGUUAUCUUUUGAUGUCCAAUCAAACGUGGAUAUCACACCUCAUACAAACUAGUCACUUAGUAGGCACCCGUGCUAGUCGAGUUAAGAAGAGUUUUGUGUUGUCAAAUUUACGAAAGCUUUCUUCGUUUUAUUUGUUGACGUACGUGGGUUGCUGCUGAUACCAUGUCGUCCGACAGUGCUGUCGGCAGUAGCCACUCGAAUGUUGAGAUGGUUCGAGGGCAGAUAUUCGAUGUUGGCCCUAGGUACACAAAUUUAUCUUAUAUUGGAGAGGGUGCUUAUGGAAUGGUUGUGUCUGCCUAUGAUAAUGAAACAAACUGUAAAGUAGCCAUUAAAAAAAUUUCACCAUUUGAACAUCAAACCUAUUGCCAACGGACAUUACGAGAAAUUAAAAUAUUAACCAGAUUCAAACAUGAAAAUAUAAUUGACAUAAGAAACAUAUUGCGAGCUGAUACAAUUGAACAAAUGAAAGAUGUGUAUAUUGUUCAAUGUUUGAUGGAGACUGACCUGUAUAAGUUAUUAAAAACUCAGAGACUGAGCAAUGAUCAUAUUUGUUAUUUUCUUUACCAAAUAUUACGGGGGUUGAAGUAUAUACAUUCAGCAAAUGUUUUGCAUCGUGAUCUCAAACCAAGUAAUUUGCUUCUCAACACAACAUGUGAUCUCAAAAUUUGUGAUUUUGGUCUUGCUAGAGUUGCUGAUCCUGAUCAUGAUCACACUGGAUUCCUUACUGAAUAUGUUGCUACAAGAUGGUAUCGUGCUCCUGAAAUAAUGUUGAAUUCCAAAGGAUAUACAAAAUCAAUUGACAUGUGGUCUGUUGGUUGUAUAUUGGCUGAAAUGUUAUCAAAUAGACCAAUCUUUCCUGGUAAACAUUAUUUGGAUCAGUUAAACCAUAUACUAGGAAUAUUGGGAUCCCCCACAGCAGUAGAUUUAUUGUGUAUUAUCAAUGAUAAAGCUCGAAGUUACCUUCAGUCAUUGCCAUUCAAACCCAAAAUAGCAUUUUCAAAACUUUAUCCUACAGCAGAUCCAAAAGCAUUAGAUCUAUUGGAUAAGAUGUUAACAUUUAAUCCUCACAAUAGAAUCACAGUUGAAGAAGCAUUGGCACAUCCAUAUCUUGAACAGUAUUAUGAUCCUGCUGAUGAGCCUGUUGCAGAGGAGCCAUUUAGAUUUGUUACUGAACUUGAUGACUUACCCAGAGAAACAUUAAAACAAAUGAUUUUUGCUGAAACUGUUAAUUUUAGCCAAAACGUUUAAGAUAAGUUGGGUAUUAUGCGUUUAUGAUUCCUUACACUAUACUUGAAACACACUAUUCUAAUUUCUAACUUUAUAUUAUAUUUUAUAAUAAUUUUUAUAAUUAUAUUUCUUGCUUAUCUCUAGUUCUUUAUAAUUAAAAAAAUCUAUAUUUAAUAAUUAAAAUUAAUUAAAUAUCUUAGAAUAAAGUAUGACUAAUAGUUAAA